GAAGAGGGCCUUGAAAAUGUCCCUUCGCCUCUCCCGACUCCGGGGAGAGCUCAGGUCAGGCAGCUGGACAGAGCCACGCCCAGCCCCGCAGCUGGGGGCCCACCAGCGCCGGGACGCGGAGAGAGCGCGGCGGGCGGCGCGUGCGGACCUGGGGCUCCACGUGCGCGGCGCGGGGGUUUCCGCGGCCUCUGGGCGGGGCCGGAAGAGGAAGUUCGCGCUGCGGCGGUGGCCCCAGCAGCAGCGGCGGCCCCAGCCAACCCCGCCGCCCGCGCCUGUCCGGCCGGCCACGGAGACAGCGCCGCGGCGGGACCCCAGCCUGCCCCCGCCAAGUCUCGCCGCGCCGCGCCGCUGGGCAGCCACCAGUCCGAUGGGGCCGCAGCGGCCGCUGCCCCUCGGCGCGGCAGCCCUGCUCUGGGGCUUCCUACUCCCGCUGACAGCUGCUCAGGAAGCAAUCCUGCAUGCAUCUGGAAAUGGCACGCCUCCAUCCUCUAAGGACUACUGCAUGCUCUAUAACCCUCGUUGGACGGCUCUUCCAAGUACCCUGGAAAAUGCAACUUCUGUUAGUUUGAUGAAUCUGACUACCACACCACUGUGCAACCUUUCUGAUAUUCCUCCUGAUGGAAUAAAGAACAAAGCAGUUGUGGUACAAUGGGGAACCUGCCAUUUUCUUGAAAAAGCCAGAAUUGCACAGACAGGAGGUGCUGAAGCGUUGUUGGUUGCCAAUAAGAGCAUCCUAUUUCCCCCCUCAGGGAACAAAUCUGAAUUUCUUGAUGUGAAAAUACUGAUUGCAUUUAUAAACUACAGAGACUUUAAAGAUAUGAAGCAGUCUCUUGGAGAUGACAUCACUGUGAAAAUGUAUUCUCCAUCAUGGCCUAACUUUGACUAUACUAUGGUGGUCAUUUUUGUAAUUGCUGUGUUCACCGUGGCAUUAGGGGGAUACUGGAGUGGACUAAUUGAAUUGGAAAACUUGCAGGCAGGGGCAAGCGCUGAAGACAGAGAAACGAGGAAAAAGAAGGAAGAAUAUUUAACUUUCAGUCCUCUAACAGUUGUAAUAUUUGUGGUCAUCUGCUGUGUUAUGAUGGUCUUACUUUAUUUCUUCUACAAAUGGUUGGUUUAUGUCAUGAUAGCAAUUUUCUGCAUAGCAUCAGCAAUGAGCCUGUACAACUGUCUUGCUGCGCUCAUUCGUAAGAUACCGUGUGGACAAUGCACGAUUGUGUGUCGUGGCAAAAGCAUUGAAGUGAGACUUAUUUUUCUCUCUGGCCUGUGCAUAGCGGUAGCUGUUGUUUGGGCUGUAUAUCGAAAUGAAGAUAGGUGGGCUUGGAUUUUACAGGAUAUCUUGGGGAUUGCCUUCUGUCUGAAUUUAAUUAAAACACUGAAGUUACCCAACUUCAAGUCGUGUGUGAUACUUCUAGGCCUUCUCCUCCUCUAUGAUGUGUUUUUUGUUUUCAUAACACCAUUCAUCACAAAGAACGGUGAGAGUAUCAUGGUUGAACUUGCAGCCGGACCUUUUGGAAAUAAUGAAAAGUUACCAGUAGUCAUCAGAGUACCAAAGCUGGCCUAUUUUUCAGUAAUGAGUGUGUGCCUCAUGCCAGUUUCAAUACUGGGUUUUGGAGACAUUAUUGUACCAGGCCUGUUGAUUGCAUACUGUAGAAGAUUUGAUGUUCUGACUGGUUCUUCUAUAUACUAUGUUUCCUCCACAAUUGCCUAUGCUGUUGGCAUGAUACUUACAUUUGUUGUUCUGGUGCUGAUGAAAAAGGGGCAACCUGCUCUCCUCUAUUUGGUACCUUGCACACUUAUUACUGCCUCAGUUGUUGCUUGGAGACGUAAGGAAAUGAAAAGGUUUUGGAAAGGUAGCAGCUAUCAGAUGAUGGACCAUCUGGAUUCUGCAACAAAUGAAGAAAACCCGGUGACUGCUGGUGAACAGAUUGCCCAAUAAUAAUGUUAUGUGGCCCUGCAAUAAUGUGUCAAUUGAUUUUCUACAAAUAGAUUUUGACAUUUUUUUGUUUUUAAGCUUUUGACUUUUCAAAUUGAAUUUUGAAUUCACAAUCCAAAAGAAUCUUCAGUGAUAUGCUUACAAAUAUGUGUAUUUUUAAGAGCUGGUACUGACAGUUACAUCAUAAAUAAUUAAUAUACAUUUGCUUUUAAUCAUGUUAAAGUUUGCCUUCACAUUAAAUAAAAGCAUAUGGUCUGUGUAAUUUUCAAGAUGUAUUAUAAACAGUAUAUUUUUCUAAAAAAAAGUCUCAACCCACCCAUGAACUUUUCUUACAGAAAUGUGUUUCUUUCAACUCUAAUGAUAGAUAAAAUUAUUUCUGUCAAAGUGAGUUUCUGAACAGAUUUUACUAUAAAGAAUUAUGCAGAUUUUAUGCUCUACAGAAAUAACUGUUUAAGACCAUGCAAGAAGGCAGUUCAACAAUGAAAUUUUGGACCUUUUAUCGCUGCAGAGGUUGGAAAAAUAUAAUUUGGGAAUAUAUAUAAAUGCAUAUUUUUGUAGCAUAAAUUUUUUAAAAGUCUCAAUCCUUUUUUAACCUUGAGAACCUGAGAACCUAAAUUACUUCAGACUGCAUAUGUAUUAUAUUAGAAUAUUUUUCCAGGUAUAGAGAAACAUAAUAUAUAGAACUAGUCAUUAAAAGGAUACAAAAAUUAAAAUCCACAGUUUUCAGUGGUGUGCUGUUUCCUUAAAGAUGGAGCUUAAAUUUCUACACUAGCAUUCAAUUUUACUGUAGUAUUUCUGAUCUCUGAAGUUUGGUUCUAUUGAUGUUAGGCCUUGAUAUUUUGUAAAAAUCGUUUUUCUUAUCAAAUUAUAUAUUAAUACAUAUGGCUCAUUGUUCAAGUAUAACAUCCCUAACAGUCCGCUCCCCACCUUUUUUUCCCUGAUUCCUGCUCCUUUUCCCAUAGGAAAUCACUGUUUACCUUUUAAUAUUUUGUUGGAGGAUGGUUUACUAAUAUACAAAGUGUGCUUCAGAGGGAAGAAUUGGAGACAAAAGACAGGAGACAGGAUGUUAGUCUCAAUUUAAUUACAAUAUAAGACUGAGUAAAUUAUCUUAGCUUGAAACACUGGUAUCUCAGUAUUCGCAUCUGCGAAAUGAGUAAGUUAAAUCAAUUAAUCACUCUAGUACCUUCCAACUUGAAAAAAUCUUCCCUAUUCUUUGCUAAAUCUCAGUUGUGACCUUGAACAUUAUCGUGGAAGUCAGGGGUCAAAUUAUCUUUCCAUUUUCUUUUAUUUUCUCUAAGAAAUUUCCAAAUGACAAGUGAUUGCAAAGGCAGCAGGAUUUUGCAUAUCUCUGUAAAUAAUGUGCAAGAUAUGUGAACAAAUCUAUGAUCUUUCAUUGUAAGGCCAGUCAACUGAUUAAAAGAUAAAGCUAAUGCCUUUCAAAAUGGGUCAGACUUUUGAUGUUUGAACUAAAUUUAGCAUUUGAGGGAUUUAGAUGUUUUUGUUUGAUUGUGAACUUUCGCUGAGUAAGUUGCAGGUACAGAAGCUCCCUGACAGUCAGCCGUUCUUCCACUUAAUACACUUAUGGGUCCUAUGGUUUAUGGCAAAUGACAAGUAAGUAUCUGACAAGUGAGGGUUAAUCUUAAUUUUGCCUCCAUAAUAUCAAGUUUGAAUUUUUUCCAAAGAAUCUAAUUUAUUUGGCAGACUCUGAUAGAGAGAAAGACAGAUUAAAUGCCAUUUUAAAGCUCCCACUAUAUUUUCUUUUAUAAUAUCAAUAACAUGUUUGCCAAAAUACAGUUUUUUUCAUAAAAUCAUCUUCAGUCUUAUCCCAGCUUUAUGAUAUUCAAAAGCUUCAACAUUUGGUGAAGAACAUUAAAGAAAAUUUUACAUCUAGAAAUCUGAAAUCUUAGUUUUUGAUACAAAUUCUACUUUAUCCAACCAGUAGUUUUUAAGUAGAUACAACCUUGUUCUAGUUUGCUAUUCAGAUCUUCUUGACUAAAUAGAAAUAAAUAAAAACUGAAAUUCCUUAAGUUUCUCCAUCCUCAACAUCAACUUUACAUUGUAUGUAAACAAUUCUUCUAGCAACCUAGAUAAAAUAUUUAGAGAAAUUACGGUAAAGCACAGAAAUAAUUUAUUUGGGAGAUGAAAAUGAACAAAGGCUAGAGUAGAUGAAAUUUGACUUUAGAAGGCUGUGUCAUGUCUUCCUCUCUUGCCCUCCUGUGACCAAUAACUUUUAAGAGGAAGAGAAGUUGAUUUUUUCCUAAAAAUGUCUUAAAAAUAAGAUGUACUAAUACUUACUGCAAAAAGAAGUAUUACUUCUUAGAAAUUCCCUAUGAACAUUAUUGUAGCUUUUCAAACAGAAAUCACUAAAUAUCUCAAAUUGUAAUGUAGAUAAUUUUUACUUCAGUUUAGUUCAGCAAAGACAAAUAUGAAAUUUGUGGGGAAAGACCUUGAUAUUCUAAUACAUAUUUUCUUCUAUCUUGUGGUUUUUUGAGAUUAGUAACACCUUAUUAGUAGAAUCUGCAAUUUAUUUCUUUUUUGAAAGAAGAGAAUUUUACCCUAUCUGUUACUGGCAUUCAUAGAUUUUAGGGACAUGUCGUCGGUAUUUUGAUGAAAUGGUACAUUUAUAGUAAAUACAAAUGAGCUUUCUGAUUUUCAUUUACUGUUUCAAUUUCUGCCUUAGGUAUAAGCAAACACUAUUUUUACAUUUGACAAAAGAAUAUUUGAAGUAACUUAUUUAAGCUUAGCCUCUAAAAUUUUAGCCUUAUUUCAGCCAAUGAGAUUUCACAAUACAGGAGCUGCAUUUCAAAUUAGUGGAAUGCACUAGUUUGAAGGGCUUUAUAUUUUCCCAUUAACAAGGGAAAAAGUUGAAUUUAUUCAAGAUGAUGCCAAUUAACCAAUUCUACAAUUAAAAAAAUUUAUUGUCAGUGCUCUGUUUACCUCAGAGGAUAAUUCUGAAGGGGGUUGGGGAGGGUAAUGCAAAUAAAAUCAGAAUACUAAUUAUGAAUCACUUUAUGCUUCCUGAAAGAGAGAUACUCUGUAAAUUCCAGAGAUCGAAUCAAACUACUCAACCUUUUGGAAUUUGAAAGAAAUUGUAUAGUUCUCAUGAUUUGGAUUACUGAAUUUUCAGAGUAAACAAAAUGAUUUUUUUUUAGUAUCUAAAGUUAAUCCAGUUAGCCUGCAGAAUUUCCCAGUAGGACGAAUCAAUGUAAAUUAGGUAGUUUUUGCCUGUUUUAUAUCUUCUGUUGUAUUUUGUUCAAAUGAGAACCUUUUUAAAAAUAUAUAUGAUUGAAUUUUUACUUCUGAAAAAUAUGUAUGAUUGGUUUGAGUGUGGAAUUCUUUUUUUUAACACUUUGAUAUGUAAGUUAGUGUAAAUUAAUACUUUUAUAACACUACUAGGCUUUAUUUUUUUAUGGAACAUGAUUUAAAAUUUAAAAAUUUUGAAGUGUUAAUUUAGCAGUGCUUUAAAACUCUUCAUGAUGGGCCAAUACUGACAAGAAAAACAAUUUUUUUAAUGUAUUGAAUUCACUAUGGUAUUCAAUAAAUUCUAUUUUAAAA